ACUAUUGAUUUAAUUAUGUGGGUUAACUCACCCCGUCUUGUACUUAAAAAAUAAAUAAAAGGGGCCUCACUCAACAAAGAGCGAGAAAACUUUGUCCAAAUUCUUUUCUUACUCCCACCUGAACGACUCGAAACUCGUUUUGAUUCUGGGACUGAAUCGUAAUUUUCAAAACCAUGUCUGGCGAAGAGGAGGAAAACGCCGCCGAGCUCAAAAUCGGAGACGAGUUUUUGAAAGCAAAGUGCUUGAUGAACUGUGAAGUUUCAUUAAUUCUGGAGCACAAAUAUGAGCAACUUCAGCAAUCAUCUGAUGAUGCCGUCAAUCAAGUUUCUCAGGUAUUCGAAAAGUCAUUGCAGUAUGUAAAGCGUUUCAGCCGCUACAAAAAUCCUGAUGCUGUUAGACAAGUUCGAGAAAUUCUGGCAAGAUAUCAGUUGGCCGAGUUUGAGCUGUGUGUCCUAGGCAAUCUUUGCCCAGAAACUGUGGAGGAAGCUAUUGCUAUGGUUCCAUCUAUUAAGACAAGAGGGCGUGCUCAGGAUGACGAAGCAAUUGAGAAGAUGUUAAAUGACUUAUCACUGAUUAAGAAAUUUGAAUAAAGUUUCAUUCAAUUCUCGUAAAUCAUGGCUAUUCCUACGUUGUGUGUAAUGUAAGUGGUACUAAAUGACAUAUCACUUGACUGCAAGCAAAUACGUUGUUGUAUGGUUAUUACAAAACUCUACAAUGUAAUAUUGUAGCAACUUUACCAGGACUUUUAUCAAGGGGAAUUUGAUAGAGACCCUAGAUAGUGACUUGUUAUGUUGAUGAAAAAAUACGAUUAUUGUUUUGCUGUGUAGAGAAUUCCUUUUUACAAGCAUGGGUUACUAGUUCCUACAAAUGUGUGAUAAUUGUCAAGAAACUAGAGAUUUUGUUUUUGA